AUGCGGUGCUUUGAUAGGGCAAAGGUAUAUGUAAAAUCUGGGGAUGGAGGGAACGGUGUAAUGGCGUUUAGGCGGGAAAAGUAUGUGCCUUUAGGAGGACCAUCUGGUGGAGACGGGGGGAGAGGUGGGAAUGUGUAUGUUGAGGUUGAUGGGUCGAUGAAUUCAUUGCUGCCUUUUAGGAAUAGUGUACAUUUUAGAGCCGGGAGAGGGGCUCAUGGGCGGGGGAGGAUGCAAAAUGGGGCAAAAGGAGAGGAUGUGGUGGUGAAGGUGGCACCUGGCACGGUAAUCAGGGAAGCAGGGAAGGAGGAGGUGUUGUUGGAAUUGUUGUAUCCUGGACAACGUGCAUUGUUGUUGCCUGGUGGGAGAGGGGGAAGGGGGAAUGCUUCAUUUAAGUCCAGAACAAAUAAGGUGCCUAGAAUUGCUGAAAAUGGUGAAGAGGGUCCAGAAAUGUGGUUGGAAUUGGAACUAAAGUUGGUCGCCGAUGUUGGAAUAGUGGGUGCUCCAAAUGCAGGAAAAAGCACACUUUUGGGUGUGAUAAGUGCUGCUCAACCAACAAUAGCAAAUUACCCUUUUACAACUUUACUUCCCAACCUUGGCGUGGUUUCAUUUGACUAUGAUUCUACAAUGGUGGUGGCAGAUUUACCAGGUUUGCUUGAAGGAGCACACAGGGGUUUUGGUUUGGGUCAUGAGUUUCUUCGACACACUGAAAGGUGUUCUGCCCUGGUGCAUGUGGUUGAUGGCUCAGCACCGCAACCAGAAUUGGAAUUUGAUGCUAUUCGUCUUGAGCUUGAAUUAUUCAGUCCUGAACUAGCUGAGAAGCCCUAUAUUGUUGCUUAUAACAAAAUGGACAUUCCAGAGGCAUACAACAAUUGGCCGUUAUUUAAGGAACGUCUACAAGCUCAUGGGAUUGAACCAUUUUGCAUGAGUGCAGUGAAAAGGGAGGGAACUUAUGAAGUGAUUUGUGCAGCAUAUGGGCUUCUGCAAAAGAAUAAAGAAGCCAGCAAAGAGUUUGAAGGAUGGGAAGAUCCAAUUAAUUUGAACCAUGUAGCAGAUAAGGUGCAUAAGCAGCGAAGCGCUUCCAUCAAUGAGUUUGAGAUUUUUCAUGAUAGUGCUACCAGUACUUGGCAUGUAGUUGGAUCUGGAUUGCAACGUUUUGUUCAGAUGACAAACUGGCGAUACGUUGACUCGGAGAAGAGGUUCCAACAUGUUCUGGAAGCAUGUGGUGUGAAUAAGUCCCUAAAGAAACUUGGGGUCAAGGAAGGUGACACAGUGAUUGUUGGAGAGAUGGAGAGUAUUUGGCAUGAUUCCGACGAGAACUCUGGAGCAUCAAAUGUGAAGAAGGGUUCAGCAGAUUCAAUCAGAUGGCCUCAGUGGAAGUAAUCUGCCAAUGUUUCUCGAGGCAAAUUGAUGCUGGUUCCUGCAGCAACAGCAAUGAUGAGGAACAUAGAGAUGUUCACAAAGCUCGAUGAAAAAUUGAAGUAUGAAGUAAAGUUUGGUUGGAGAACUUCAUCAAGAGAAAAUGUUUGCUUGGAGAAGGCACUGUUGGGGAAGGAGGUAACAUUAAACUUUUGCAUAAUGUCUGUUAUGUUCUUAAUUUGGUUCAAAAUUUAUUAAAUGUCAAAUAACUACUGAAGAAAGAAUAUAAGUUAAAUUUUUUACGAUAUUGCCUGAUAAUUGAUAAGUAAAUAGAUAUGAUCAAGGGAAAGUAUGGAAGCAUUGCAAUUGAA